AUGGAGGGCCAGUAUACCGCAACUGAUCUUUUGCGGCAGUCUCUGACGCAUAGUCUGCAUGGCAGCCAAAGCACUAAGAUGCAGCAUGACGAUGACCACGAACACAUUGGUUCCGCCUCAUCCACCCCACCCAACGGUACGGCAACGCCGCGACCAGACCUCCACGACAAGCGACUGCCCGGGCUGUCGAGUUAUUUUGCGCAGGUUCGUGACUCCAUGCGCUCCAACAAACCUUCCGCAGAAUCCGUCGCUCCUGCAAAUGCAACUGCACCUGCACCUGCACAUUCCCAAGAAAGCACAGAAGCGACACCCAGCGCGCUGGCAGGAGCAUCGCUAGAGCCGCUCGGCGAGACCGAGAACCAGAAGCUCGGGUCACCGCCGCUUCUGCCACAUGAAAAAAUCACACCUCCACCCCCUCCCCAACAACAGCACGCCUACCCCACGCCUCCGCUGUCCAACUCCUCAUCAUUUCUCGCCAUGGGUGACGUCGAGGCCAGCUCCGACGGCUCGACUGUGGCUGCAUCUCUCUCGCGCCUGCCCUCGGUGGCGUGCACGGAGAAUGGGCAGCCGCAGUCCACACUGCCGUCCCAGCUCUGCCGGGAUACGUUGUCCAAAUUCACCAGCCUGAGCAUCUCCCAGCCCGCGAUCUCCGCCCACAUCACCAGCCCCUCUGCAGAUCUUUCACGUGCUGCUUCCAUUAGCGCUGCUUCCGUACCACAAUCCCCAAUCUCUCACUCACAGCGCCUGGAGAAUGCGGUGCUGACAAGCCAUGCUGCUCAGAACACCCCUCCUCACACCCCGCGAACUGGCUCGUACGUCAUGAAAUCGAAAGACGACGAGGUUGCAAACGUGCCACAUGCGAACAACAAGACGAGCCGCUCCAGCUCCGGCGGCUCCCGCGCACAUUCGCCUUCGCUCCGGCAGGCAAGAGGGCAAUUGGAGGUCAGCAUAGAAGAGGCGCGGGGUAUUCGCCCAGCCGUGGACCCAUAUGUCGUGUGCAUCUUUCAGCUGAAUGAGGACAUCUCUGGCGGACCAAAAGAGGACGAAAUGGACACUGCGGUGGAGAAUGAGCCCGCAGAGGAGAGUCUUGUCAAGGGUGUGGCGAUGAAGCGGUUGGGCAGUGGCUCUGGGACACCCAUGGCGAUUCCAGGCUUGAAGAGUCGCCAAACGAGCCAGACAAACAUUGCGGGCAUGAGGCGGGGUUCCAACAACGUCAAGCCUGGCCAUGUGGAGACAACCGAUCCGAUCUGGCGGCACAAGACUACGUUUGAUGUGGUGGGUGAGAACAAUGAGAUUGACAUCUCCGUGUACGACCGAGCGAACAACGAAUCCUUCAUCGGUCACGUUCGGUUACCACUCAACCUCGACGACUACGAGCACCAGCAUGAGGACUGGUACAAGCUGCGAUCUCGAGAGGGCCGUAAUGAAACGGUCACAGGCGAGAUCCAUCUCCGCAUUGCCUUCCAUGUGGCAGGCAAGAGGACGUUUGGCCCAGACGACUUCGAAAUCUUGAAGUUGAUUGGAAAGGGAACAUUCGGCCAAGUCUUCCAGGUGAGAAAGAAGGAUACCAAGCGCAUCUAUGCCAUGAAGGUCCUCUCAAAGAAAGUGAUUGUCCAAAAGAAGGAGAUUCAGCAUACCAUAGGAGAGCGCAACAUCCUUGUGCGGACAGCCACGACCGAGUCGCCUUUCAUCGUUGGAUUGAAGUUCUCAUUUCAGACCGCUGCCGAUCUCUACUUGGUCACGGACUACAUGUCCGGCGGCGAGCUCUUUUGGCAUCUUCAGAAGGAAGGUCGUUUUGUCGAGGAGCGGGCAAAGUUCUACAUUGCAGAGCUUAUCCUGGCACUACGACACCUGCAUCAGCACGACAUCGUCUACCGUGAUCUCAAGCCGGAGAACAUCCUGCUGGACGCGAACGGCCACAUCGCACUCUGUGACUUUGGCCUGUCCAAGGCGAAUCUUGCCAAGAACGACACGACCAACACCUUCUGCGGGACCACUGAGUACUUGGCCCCAGAAGUUCUGUUGGACGAGCAGGGUUACACCAAGAUGGUCGACUUCUGGUCCCUGGGAGUGCUCGUCUUCGAGAUGUGCUGCGGUUGGUCACCAUUCUACGCCGAAGACACACAGCAGAUGUACAAGAACAUUGCGUUUGGCAAGGUUCGAUUCCCCAGAGAUGCGCUAUCGGCGGACGGCAGAAGCUUUGUCAAGGGUCUGCUCAAUCGUAACCCGGCACAUCGUCUGGGCGCCAAGCUAGACGCCGAGGAGCUGAUGGCCCAGCCCUUCUUCCACGAUGUGGACUGGGAUCGGCUCAGCAAGAAGCUCUGCCCACCGCCAUUCAAGCCAAAGUUGAAGGGUGAGCUGGACACCAGCAACUUCGAUCCGGAGUUCACCAACGCCCUCGACGCUGGAGGAGAGGGAUCGUCACUGAACGCUAGAGCCGCCGCCCUUGCCAGUGGAAUCAACACUGACAGCACUCCAUUGAGUCCCACGAUGCAGAACCAGUUCAAGGGUUUCACUUUUGUGGACGAGAGUACGCUCGAACAGCAAUUUGGAAACACAGAUCCAGGCAUGGACAGCUCCAUCGACAACAAUCGUCUAUCGCGUACCUUCAGCAAUAAGGCCGGUGAUAGAAUGAGCGGUCUCGAGCCGACCAAUGCGCCCAAUGUCGACGAAGACUUCAACCACGGCAUGCUCGAUGACAUUUGA